AUGAACGAAAGUCGAGAGCGAAUCCGUCGUGAGCGAGAGAGGGAGAAGAACACGUAUACCUCUCCUCGUCUUGCGUUACGUCGCGUGCUACUAUUGGCUGAAGGAAGACAGUUCCGGGAAGCGGCGGCCAUCUUGUCCAGAUUGGGACCUGGAGUGCUACAAAGUGUAGCUUCGGAGCUGCCCAUAGAUUUGUUGGUGGAGGCGCUGCCACAUUCAGCGCAUUUGAUUGAAACUCUUUUGAACAGACUUAUAUCCUUGGAAGUGACGCCUCGUCCUGACGUGCAAUGUGAGACGAUAGCCUGGCGUCUGGUAGGUCUGCUGGGUGCAGACCAGAGUUCUGGCUUAAGAGCUAGGACGUCGCGUCUGGCGAGCUCGCUUGUCCACUACACGCCAGACACGAGAGAUGCCAUUGACGCAAGGAGAAGACAGCUAGAUGCUGCUGUUCAAGGCCUAGGCACGCACGGGCUGACAGCCGACGCGAGUGGCUCCUUGAUCUCCUUACACGUCGCCUUGAAGAAUGAGCUGCAGCGCCAUGUCGAUGUCUACAAGCAGGCUCUGCACAAGUUAGAAGAGCUGUCCCCGGUCACAAUCACACAAGACCCUGCAGCAUCAUCCCACCAGCGUCUCCUGGCGUUAUCACACGCUGACGUAGAGAGACGGUUGAUCGACAAUAAGUCACUACUGACGAUAGUCGACAAGCCAGCGCUGAGGCAGCUGCCGACCCUCGUGGAUGCCCUCGCAGCCAGGGUCGAGAGUGAUAAAGCAGUACUGGCUUGCAUCGGCCAGAUUAAAAGGAGUGACCCAACUCUGGACUUGAAUGAUACGAGCAUGGCGGAGUCGGGCACGAAGGGAGGCACCACGUUGAGGCGAAAGAAGAAAAUGACAAUAGUCCACUGUGACUACGACGAGGGGCCAGUAGCUGGUGUGUUGAUGACGUACUCCCGAGGAUGCGCGGCAGUCCUCGGCCAGAUGUGUGAGGACCAAGGCACUAACACAGAGUCUACCACUCCUCGCUCCACUGACUCCGCCAGUGACGGCUACCAUUCAGACAGUGAUGACUCACAACAGCAUCCCGACAGAAGUAAGUUAGUAUCCCAGUACGCGGCGGUGUGGUCCCGCGCAGCAGACGAGGCGCUCCCCGCACUGUCAGCGCUGGAGCCACUGCGCCACACGCCGCAUCUCAAGUAUAAGAUCGUCUUCUCCGUCGUUGUUUUAUCGUUCCGCGCAGUCAUCAGUCUCCGCGACCGUCGUCUGAACGAGCUGAAGGCAAUGCUGGGCGUGGCGGAGGACGCACCGCCGGAGCCCUGCGUUACCCGGAUGCUGGCCGCCGCCACCAGGGUACUGCACACCACUGCGCACAGCUUCCCGCUUGGAGAAGCUGAGCGAACUGUCAUUAAUCAGGUGGUGAGCACACUGCGCGAGUACCCGUGCCUGUCGUCGUGCGCCGCGCUGCACGCGCUGGUGGCGGCCGCGUGUCGGGCCGCCUGGACCAUUAGUCUGCACUCCCCACCGCUCAGGAUCGACACUGACUUCACACCUGUGGUGAUGAAUCCAGAGAAACACGUGCGUUUCUCGACAGAGACCCGAGACAUCCGCGACCGGCGCUCCGACCUCAUCAAGUCGUUCGUCUGGCCUGCCCUCAUGGACGGCAACCGCUGCGUCUUCAGAGCCGUGGUACUCACCUGA